UCUUAAUUCGAACAUUAUUCUGCUAGUUUGAGUCGCUGGUCUGUCGCCAGCCCCGCACAUCCUCAAGAAUUUGAAAUAAGCGAAGAGGAGGGACACUUCACGGUGUCUUAUUUGGCAAAGCAGUUGGAAAAAGGCUCUGAUUGUGCGUCUCCAGCACCAAGGAGCCGUAAUGAAAAGAGAAUCAGCUCCGCUCUUGAACUGGCGCGAAAAAUCACCAUGUACAACAACCGCUACAAGAAGACCGGGAACGAAAGACAGGAGCCUGUGGUCCAGCCAACGCCUCUACUCAGACCCAGGACUCCCGUGCAACCAUAUCCGUAUUUUCCAUGGCAACCUAAAGGGGAUUGUUUGUCAAGUACUAAGGCGCGUUUGUACGAACCGAAACCCGUGAAAGAACAAGAAUCGAGAAAGUCGUUGUCUCAGAUUUCAUUGGAAGAAAGGAAAACGAAAAAACUCAGCCAGAAGCAAUCCACGAAAAACAAAGCUCUGUCUGUGGCAGAUACUGAAGGAACAAGCUGGCAACAAACGGAGGAAGGAACGCCACGCGUACUUAAGAAACGUGAAGUUCAACAACUCGAGCCACCAACUGUUACAUCCACUGCAACUGGUUACCAGUCUCCUCGACUGCCAGCGACUACUCAGUUUACUACACCGGAGAUUUAUGCGCAACCCACGCAAUUAGUGGGGUCCAAGGUCAUGAAGAAAUACACGGGCAACGGAAAAAAUAGCAGAAAUCUUACUGGUUUGACCCCAAGCGCGAAACCCAGUCCCUCUUCCAUGGACACAUCUCGCUUUACGAGCAGCAAUUCUUUUUUAAAGACCGGUCGCCAGUCACCUGUGUACGUGGCUGUACCUGUUGACAGACCUCCAGUGAAGCUAAGAUCGAAAGCGCCCAUUUCUCCGCGAGACGCAAUCGAUAUAUCCACCAGAAAUGAGCUGAGAAGCAAGCUUUUAAAUGUUGACGAUUCAGGGUAUGAUAUAGUGAUAUUUCUCUCUGACUUCGUAUGCUUUGGUAAAACUUAGAUGCAUAAUCACUUGAAAAUAUCCUCGCAGGUGAGAAAAUUUACUCCGCUCCCAACACGUGGCUUCGUUGGUUUUCUGAGAGGCACAGGUUCCAAUCGCGUCGAAGCCUGAAUUCUUUCAGGUUUCUUCUCUACAAUUUUCAGUUCCCGUAUGCGGAUCAUCUCUUCAUAUGUGAAUAAUCCACAGGUCAAAAUAUGAUUUAUUUCAUUUUAUCGUGAAUAGCACAGACUUGCUAUCGUUGCGCUAAACUUGUUAUAGCUGCGCAAAAGCUUUUAAUAUUUGCGUGACUUCGCCUUUGAUGAGAACGCUCUGUAUACCUUGUGCUGCGAUGAAAUGGUUACCGAUGCUUCAUCAAAGGAAAAAGCGAGGUUGUCUCAGCCGUAUUGCGGCAAGGCUGCGACCAGGCCUCACUAUUGGCACUGCAGGACACGGUUUUCUCCGCCCGCGGGAAGAUUGGAGACGGGUCGGGAGAGGUUAGACCGGAAUCUGGCACUAGAGCUAGACCCUAUGCAGAACUCCCGCCGGCUCACGUUGCCCAAGGCCUCAUACCUUUUCGCCAGCGAAGAAACACUUGUCCCGAAGCGCUCAGAAUGAGGACCUGCUCUCAGGCUCUUAUAUGAAGACCAGUUUAGUUGAAACGGUACCGGUUAACAACCAAGAUAUGAGAUGAUAGCAUUUCAGCUUUCA